AUCCUGCUUGUCAAAUGAUUAUAAUCCAGUUUUUUAGCAAAGAUGACGGAUAUAAUUUCUGGUUCCAUUUUCUUGUGACUCAGAAUAGAUGAGAGAGACUAGAGACGGAGUGAGGGUUGACAAGUUUUCAAGUUCCGCAUCUGCUGACUCUGAUCCGCUUGUUCUUGACAUAGAUGAUUUCAAGGGGGAGUUCUCCUUUGACGGCUUGUUUGGUAACUUGGUGAAUGAGAUAUUACCUUCUUAUCAAGAAGAAGAAUCAGAUGCAGCUGAAGGCCAUGAUGCUCUACCAAAUGGGAAUUUGCGGACACCACCAGAUGCGGGAAAGUCAGCACAAGGAAUGUCAAGUCCGCUAUUCCCUGAAGUUGAUGAUUUAUUAUCUUUAUUUAAGAAUUCGUGUAAACAACUGGUUGAUCUCAGAAAACAGAUUGAUGGGAAACUUAACAAUCUUAAGAAGGAAGUUGCUGUCCAAGAUACAACGCACCGCAAGACACUUUCUGAGCUGGAAAAAGGUGUAGACGGCUUGUUUGAUAGCUUUGCACGGUUGGAUUUGCGUAUAUCUAGUGUGGGUCAAACAGCUGCCAAAAUAGGAGAUCAUCUACAGAGUGCAGAUGCUCAGAGAGAAGUUGCUAGUCAGACGAUAGAGCUCAUAAAGUACUUGAUGGAGUUCAAUAGCAGUCCAGGAGACCUGAUGGAACUUUCUCCUUUGUUCUCUGAUGAUAGUCGUGUUGCUGAAGCUGCUUCAAUUGCUCAAAAAUUAAGAUCAUUUGCUGAGGACGAUAUUGGAAGACAAAGCAUGACUAUCUCAUCAGGUGUUGGUAAUGCAACUGCGAGUAGAGGGCUGGAAGUUGCUGUUGCCAACCUCCAAGAAUACUGCAAUGGUACAAAAUUAGCAACUUAUUUAUCCAUCUACCACUUCUACUUGUUGUAUUUAUCUAUCCUCCGUUAUACUAUCCACCUUUCAGAGCCCCUACCGUUACACUUUGGGGUCAGAUAUACCCUUAUUUUAGAUGGAGUGCCACGUGUCACUACCAGAUUAAGUUGA